AUGGCACAGCAGCAGGCCCCGCCAGCUGCUCAAGCGCCCAUCGUCGUCGUCGUCGACGAGGUUCAGAUCACCAGUGAUGCAAUGCUCGUCCUCGUUCCAGGGGCUCAACACGUAAAGGACCACACGCCUUGUCUGAGUUGGACCACGGUGUACGACAAUGCAGGAGCAGUGACCAGCUACACCCUGGGGCAGAGCGACGCCAAGGGCGCCUUCCUGCCGCGGUGCCGAUUCGGCACGCACCAGCAGACAAGUGCUAUCCUCGAUGGGAACCACAUUCUCAAUGUGCUCUUCAAUGGGGCAUUCUGGUCGCGGCUCUUGACCGCUCUGGACGCGGCGAACUUCUUCGCCACCUCCAUGGGGAAGAUCGGCGUGCUGCACCAGCGACUCGCCGACCUGGCGAUGGCCAACCCAGGUGUCUGGAUGAUCACGCACCCGGACAUCUUUCUCGGGUGGAACCCAAUAUCGAUGGCAUCGACAAACAGCACGAACCAUCCGGUGUUGGUUGGCGAGCCGACGGUUGCCUUGGCGGGAAGAGGUGGCGGCAGGUUUCGCAUGAAAACUGGGUGCGAGAAGUCGGCCUGGUCGUACAUGAUGGAGGGGCUCGACCCAUCAGGAGCGAACCAGCUGGCGUACGCGACGUCCGAGUACGGCGGAGACUGGGCAGAGGAGGAGGCGGUCGGCCCGCCCUCGCACAACGAGGGCGACUGCGCGACGCUGAAGGCAGGCUCGUGGGCGCCCGCCCGGCGGGACCAAGGCACGUACCAGCUCACCGUGUCCUUCGCCUCGCCGGUGCGGGUGGCGGAGGUGGCGGUGCGCGAGCACGCCAACCCGCGCGAGGCGGCCGGCUUCCUGCAGAGGGUCGAGGCGUGGACGCAGGCCGAGGCGGGUCGAGGGGGGUGGGCGGUGGCGUGGGAGGGCGACGACGACACGGCCUGCGGCUUCGACAAGGUCAUCUCGCUCCUCGCGCCAACCGCCCUCACGAGCCGCAUACGCCUCACGUCGCGCACAGACUCUGCGGCUUGGGAGUACGUGGAUGCGGUGCGGGUGGUCGGCUGCGCAGGGGAGGCUCUGGGCGCUUGCGACUGCGCGUCGGACGGCGUGAGCGGCGGGGUGCGUACAAGUCGGCUUGGCUGCGCCGUACACGACGGCAACGGAGCGCGGUUCUGCUACGUCGUCGACCCCUCGAGCUGCGGUAGCGACGCGUCGUCCACCUUGUUCCGAGGCGCGGGGCCGUGCGACCUCGAGGUGACGCAGUACGCGGCAGAGGCGUACGCGACGUCCGAGUACGGCGGAGACUGGGCAGAGGAGGAGGCGGUCGGCCCGCCCUCGCACAACGAGGGCGACUGCGCGACGCUGAAGGCAGGCUCGUGGGCGCCCGCCCGGCGGGACCAAGGCACGUACCAGCUCACCGUGUCCUUCGCCUCGCCGGUGCGGGUGGCGGAGGUGGCGGUGCGCGAGCACGCCAACCCGCGCGAGGCGGCCGGCUUCCUGCAGAGGGUCGAGGCGUGGACGCAGGCCGAGGCGGGUCGAGGGGGGUGGGCGGUGGCGUGGGAGGGCGACGACGACACGGCCUGCGGCUUCGACAAGGUCAUCUCUCUCCUCGCGCCAACCGCCCUCACGAGCCGCAUUCGCCUCACGUCGCGCACAGACUCUGCGGCUUGGGAGUACGUGGAUGCGGUGCGGGUGGUCGGCUGCGCAGGGGAGGCUCUGGGCGCUUGCGACUGCGCGUCGGACGGCGUGAGCGGCGGGGUGCGUACAAGUCGGCUUGGCUGCGCCGUACACCACGGCAACGGAGUGCGGUUCUGCUACGUCGUCGACCCCUCGAGCUGCGGUAGCGACGCGUCGUCCACCUUGUUCCGUGGCGCGGGGCCGUGCGACCUCGAGGUGACGCAGUACGCGGCAGAGGCGUACGCGACGUCCGAGUACGGCGGAGACUGGGCAGAGGAGGAGGCGGUCGGCCCGCCCUCGCACAACGAGGGCGACUGCGCGACGCUGAAGGCAGGCUCGUGGGCGCCCGCCCGGCGGGACCAAGGCACGUACCAGCUCACCGUGUCCUUCGCCUCGCCGGUGCGGGUGGCGGAGGUGGCGGUGCGCGAGCACGCCAACCCGCGCGAGGCGGCCGGCUUCCUGCAGAGGGUCGAGGCGUGGACGCAGGCCGAGGCGGGUCGAGGGGGGUGGGCGGUGGCGUGGGAGGGCGACGACGACACGGCCUGCGGCUUCGACAAGGUCAUCUCGCUCCUCGCGCCAACCGCCCUCACGAGCCGCAUACGCCUCACGUCGCGCACAGACUCUGCGGCUUGGGAGUACGUGGAUGCGGUGCGGGUGGUCGGCUGCGCAGGGGAGGCUCUGGGCGCUUGCGACUGCGCGUCGGACGGCGUGAGCGGCGGGGUGCGUACAAGUCGGCUUGGCUGCGCCGUACACGACGGCAACGGAGCGCGGUUCUGCUACGUCGUCGACCCCUCGAGCUGCGGUAGCGACGCGUCGUCCACCUUGUUCCGAGGCGCGGGGCCGUGCGACCUCGAGGUGACGCAGUACGCGGCAGAGGCGUACGCGACGUCCGAGUACGGCGGAGACUGGGCAGAGGAGGAGGCGGUCGGCCCGCCCUCGCACAACGAGGGCGACUGCGCGACGCUGAAGGCAGGCUCGUGGGCGCCCGCCCGGCGGGACCAAGGCACGUACCAGCUCACCGUGUCCUUCGCCUCGCCGGUGCGGGUGGCGGAGGUGGCGGUGCGCGAGCACGCCAACCCGCGCGAGGCGGCCGGCUUCCUGCAGAGGGUCGAGGCGUGGACGCAGGCCGAGGCGGGUCGAGGGGGGUGGGCGGUGGCGUGGGAGGGCGACGACGACACGGCCUGCGGCUUCGACAAGGUCAUCUCGCUCCUCGCGCCAACCGCCCUCACGAGCCGCAUACGCCUCACGUCGCGCACAGACUCUGCGGCUUGGGAGUACGUAGAUGCGGUGCGGGUGGUCGGCUGCGCAGGGGAGGCUCUGGGCGCUUGCGACUGCGCGUCGGACGGCGUGAGCGGCGGGGUGCGUACAAGUCGGCUUGGCUGCGCCGUACACGACGGCAACAGAGAGCGGUUCUGCUACGUCGUCGACCCCUCGAGCUGCGGUAGCGACGCGUCGUCCACCUUGUUCCGUGGCGCGGGGCCGUGCGACCUCGAGGUGACGCAGUACGCGGCAGAGGCGUACGCGACGUCCGAGUACGGCGGAGACUGGGCAGAGGAGGAGGCGGUCGGCCCGCCCUCGCACAACGAGGGCGACUGCGCGACGCUGAAGGCAGGCUCGUGGGCGCCCGCCCGGCGGGACCAAGGCACGUACCAGCUCACCGUGUCCUUCGCCUCGCCGGUGCGGGUGGCGGAG